AUGGCUUCCGGAAGCUACGGUGCGUCGGAGCAGCAGCAGCAGCAGCAGCAGCAGCAGCAUCAAACCAUGUUCUCCUCCGGAUUGUGCUCGCGAGGACGUCAAGAGAAUGGCCAUUCAACGAACCAGAAACUUUCGCUGUUCUUUGCCACCCUCUGCGUGAUCGAUCUGUUUGGUGUGUUCCCGAUUAUUGCGCUACCGAAAUCGAUCAUCUCGUGCGGUUUGUACGGUGUACCGUUGGUGUUGCUAGUGCUAACACUCCAGAUCUACACCGCGGUCGUACUGGGGCGCUGCUGGACGAUCGCCGAACGAUUGGAUCCCUCGAUCGUCGCUAAAAACCGAUAUCCAUAUGCGGCGAUCGCCGAGUUCACGUACGGUAAACGGAUGAGCGUGUUCGUGACGGUGCUGCUCGAUCUGACCGUGUUCGGUGGUGGCAUACCGAACCUGCUGGUGGCCGCCCAGAAUCUGCAGCUACUCGGAGCACGCAUCAGCAGCGAUGACCCGGGGGGAUCCUCGUUCCAGCUUUCGUUCUGCUACUGGCUCAUCCUUAUCGGACUGUUCCUGUGUCCCAUCAUGUGGCUUGGAAGUCCGAAGAAUAUGCGCACCCUGGCCAGUGUAUCCGUGGUCGUGUGUAGCAGUGUUGCGCUUCUGACGUGGAUAUCGAUCGGUGCGGAUCGUACCGGUACUACCGGUGGAUCGUUUCGACCGUUCAGUGGCAUUACGCUCGGUCUGCCACCGUUAGUGCAGCUACUGAAGGCGUACGGCAUCAUUGCGUUCCAGUUCGACAUUCAUCCGAUGUUGCUGACCAUUCAGGUCGAUAUGCAGCAUAAGCGCCAGAUAGGGAGGGCAGUACUGUAUGGUAUUCUGGUGACGUGCAGCCUAUCCGCGAUCACGACCCUAUUGGCGGCGUACAGGUUCGGUAUGGAGACGACAAACAAUGUACUACAGAUACUGCCACCGAGCUGGUCCCUCUAUCUAACCAUACUGCUCGUGACGCUUCAGCUGUGCCUUUCGAGUGCCGUCGGAAACUCGGCCCUGUUUCAGCACAUCGAGGAUGUGCUGGGUGCUUCGCGUGGUAAGAAGACGCUUCGAUUGCGAUCGAACGAACCAUCUAACUCCCCUUUUUCGAUUCACGCAGAUUUCACGUUGAAACGCUGCAUCAUAAGGUCGACGCUCGUUUGGUGUGGGGUGCUGAUUGCCGAAAUAUUGCCUCGGUUCGAUCUGGUCAUGGGAAUCAUCGGCGGUACGCUGACCGGACCGCUCAUCUUCAUACUGCCCCCACUGUUCUACCAGCGGAUGCUGGAACUGGAGCGACUCUACAGCCAGGAGCUGAAGCGCUCCUACUCGACCGGUUCUUCGGAGUUCUCGACAUCGGAGGAUAUGCGUCGUAUCAGCAGCAGCACCGGCUUUGAUGAUGAUGAGCAGAAGCUGCUGCACUCCGAGCAGACGGCUUGGUACGGUUCGAUCGGUUCCAUAGGUUCGAGUUCGUUGGCCAAGUUACGCACAUCCGUUGGUGAUUGUGUCUCGUGGUUGGGCGUGCACGUGCGACGGCUGUAUCACCUGAUGUACAGUGACUGUAUUCUGGCCGGUGCGGUGAUUAUGUUCGGCAUCGGGGCGACCCUAGCGUCGACCUACUACAAUUUGUUCGAUGUGCGUGAAUCGCAGUUGUGGUUCUCAUGUUUAAGUAGCUGGCGUCGCUAGAUGCCGUACGUGCCGCGAGUGUCGCGAGUUCUAUUGCAAAGAUAAUAAUGGUUAGCGUGCCGGGUGAUUGCCACUGUGACAUCGUAUAAGAAACGAACAACGAACGACGAGA